GCGCGCGCAAAAGAAGCAGAGUGCGAGAGCGCGCGCAAAAGAAGCAGAGUGCGAGAGCGCGCGCAAAAGAAGCAGGCUGCGAUGAGCGCGCCGCAAAAGAAGCCAGAGUGCGAGCACGCAGACGAGACGAACAAAGGACAGAGGUCGAGGCGAGCCGACGAACAUAAAGAUUGA